AUGAGAUGGCUGGCUGUAUCUGUCCAUGGCCAGCUUUCGGGAUGGAUAGAAAAUCAGCAGAACGCAACUAUGUGUCUAUGGGACAUGUUUCGGAUUGCUACGCUCGGAGAUACAGUCUAUAUAGAUGGCGGUCAAAUAUACUGGGUUGCAGGUCUCACAGAUGGAUCAAUAACGACAGUGCCAGAUGACAAUCUUCUAGGUCGAAUCUACAAGUUCAACUUUAGUACGCCCUUCAACACAAGCUCGAAUUUCUCGGAAAUUCUCACCCAAAACCCCAUAGCAACGGGCCCUAAUGGUGACGCUGCGAACAAUUUAGCUCCUAAUUAUUACGGCGGAGCAUUACUCGCCAAUGACCAUGAAUUCUUCACAUAUGGUGGCUUAAUAAGGCUAGCUAGUGAAGAAUCACCGCCAGGUGCCGAUGCCACGGUCGAAUAUGUGGCGUCGCUAUACGGAGCCGAUAAGCCUAGUUUCAAUACGGGGCUCCGUUAUAGAGAGCUCCCUGACGGCGUGACUCGAUAUGUUACGAACGGGGGCGCAGCCAGUUCCCCGUCUGAGAAUAAGGCAUGGUUUUUUGGAGGGUAUCGCUCCGAAUCUUUUGGCCCAAUUUACAGCGGUGCCCCUAGUGAAAAUGUCACAGCGUCAAAUACGUCAGAUUACCUUAUUACUCUAGAUAUGGCCACCCAAACACAAGAGACUUGGGAUAACACGACUCUCGGUCAACAUACCCCAAGCCGUGCGGACCCUUCCGUAGUCUGGGUUCCUGUUGGUGAGCAGGGCAUUCUAGUAGUAAUGGGUGGUGUUACAUACCCUGGCUACCUAAACGCCGAUAUGCUCUCUACGAAUGAGGCGCAAAGUAAAAAGGACAGCCCAGGCUUCAUGAGAAACAUUGACAUUUAUGAUGUUGCGAGCAAAAAAUGGUAUCAACAGCCAACCGAUGGUAGUCCACCCCAACUUGCGAGGGGAUGCGCGGUAGUUGCCCCUGCUGAAGACUACUCAAGCUUCAACAUCUACUAUUACGGAGGUUAUGAUGGGCUUGAUGAUGGAGGUCAGUUUUACGACGAUGUAUGGAUCCUAACGCUGCCAUCAUUCAUGUGGAUGAAGGUAUAUUCCGGCACGCCCGAACAUGGUCGGGCUGGUCACCAAUGCGUUAUGCCUUACCCAGACCAGAUGAUAGUCAUUGGGGGCCGCCGAGCAAAUAUAGGCACGGGUGGUCCUUCAUGCCUCGAUGGUGAGAACCCGGGAAUUCUCCAAGUUUAUAACCUCACGGAAAAUCACUGGAUGGAUUCAUACGACCCAACCAGCUGGAAUCAUUAUGGGGUUCCCCAGAUGAUUCACGCUAUGAUAGGGGGUGACGCCUCUGGUGGUGCAACAGUGACUGCCCCGAGUCCCUCAGGCUGGGAGGAUCCUGAACUUGGGAAAGUCUUCGCUACUGCAUAUCCCACGUCAAAAUUGAUUACGCACUACCCUUACAGCACCGUGGGCGCUGGCAAUGAUACUCGGGGCAUGUACGGAGGUGAUGGAGGAGGAGGAGGAGGCACGCCUUCUUGGGUAGCACCUGUAUUGGGUGUAGUCCUUGGCCUUAUAUUUGUCACGGCAGUCGUUGUUGGGAUUAUCCUGUAUAGGAGACGGAAAUAUUUGAAAAAGAACGGCAGCGAGCCCUCGACUGAUGAAAACGGCAACAGGAUCUUAUCAUGGAUGCAAGGCCAGAGCAAUGGUAAGGCACCAACGAUCACUACUGAUGACGCUCGCACUCAAUGCGACGAGUUGGAAUGUCGAGGCAUUACACCUGCGCGGUCAACGCCCGGGCCAGAAAUGGAAAUGGUCACUGAGAUGCCAGAAACGUCUAUUGUAGAGCUCCCGGAUACCUCGCCCCCAGCUGAACUGGCAGGAGACACGUAUGCCAAUUUGGGCAUGGCAUCUAUUAUCGGGACGAACGGGAAAUCGCCUCUCGCCUCAAACCCGCAAACUCAUUAUACUCCCCAUUCCAUCUCCACGCCGACCAGCCACCCCGGACUUAACUCAACCCACGAGCUCUCCACAGGCGUCAGCUCCUCUCAACCCCCGAGCUACACCGCUGAACGACCCGACUCUCCCGCCCUAGGCAACAAUGACGCCCGUUUUGACUCUAUCGCUAACGCUAUUACCACGGAUGUCCCCACAACCGUGGCCCCGAAUGCCGGUGCCCCUACAAGCCAAAAAGCAGUCGUCAGUGGUUUAAGCGGCAUCAGCGACCGUGAGAAAGCGCACCUACGGCAAAUCAGCGACGCAUCGACAGACAGCCAAGUCACGACAUUAGCGCCAGCGCCGCCACCAGCGUCAUCGCGCCAUAUAAUCGAAUGGCUUCCGGAGGCAAGUCCCCCACUACCUGUUAGCCCGCCGAGCGUCUCAGGUGUAGAUGGGGCCCCCGAAGCUCCCGAUUACGUGAGCGUACCUCAGCCCACAGCGACAUUAGGUACGACCAAUACGGGGAGUCCACGGCCGAGCAUGUUCCGCGAGAACGGGGUUGACCUAGAUGAAGGCGAGAAGCGGUGA